AAAUCCCGCAUCGCGCCGUGCAUGUUUUCUUCAGACUGAAGGUGUUCGUGAAGGCAUCGUCGACUCGGCAGCUUUUGGCUCGUCAUUUUUGUCUCAAGAACUCACAGGCAGGCAAAGAUCUGCGUCCCUGCUCUCACGCGGUCAUCAGAACACUCAGUCCGCGCGUGUGUGUGUAUGUGUGUUGCAGGCGCUCUUUCGUCAGCCCCCAUCGUUGCUCGCCCGAAACAUGGCCACUCUGGUCAAUAGCGGAGGCGGCACAACCAGGCACGCAGAGCGAUAGAGCAGACACGUGAGCUGUGAUGGCCCUGUAUUAUGCAGCAAUGACGCCGCGACUAAGGAGGAGUUUGUGAGCCUCUUCGACCGCCUCAAGGUGUCACCAUCAGCACAUGCACAUGUUGGCUGUCCGAAUGUACCCGUGCGGAUCUGUAUGAUUGUGUCAGAGUGAUCUUCUAUCGGAUCUGUCCUGCCUGCCCAUCGCACAAGACGUCAAGCAGGAGCUGGAAAAAUACUAUGAGAGGGCACUCACGUGAGACAAAUGCUCCCCGUGCGUGCAGAUAAGUGUGUGUGUGUCUGGUGUUUGUGCAGAUACAACGUCCUGGGAGGCAAGAUGACUAGAGGGCUGACCGUCAUCAAGGCAAGCUGGGCGCCAAUGGACUGACUCACAUAUACACAUCUGUUUUGCUUCUCUCUCUGUGGCCGUCAAUCAGUCUGCGGAGUGUUCGCUGAGUCGCCUCUUGACGGCCUCGGAGCGGCAUGACGCGAUGGUGCUCGGAUGGGGAAUCGAAAUCAUGCAGGUGAUUGCGUGGAUUGACUAAAACAGGCCGACAUGUAGUUCUGUGUCGCUUGUGCACCAACCAGGCGUUCUUCCUGACGGCGGACGAUGUGAUGGAUCAGAGCCACACCAGGAGGGGAGCACCAUGCUGGUGAGCAAAUGGGAUGCGAUGGAUGCAUGGGUGUCGCGUCAUGUUAUGUGCAUCUUUGGGUGCAGGUUCCGUGUGCCUGAUGUGACGGCCGCCAACGCCAUCAACGAUUCUCUCGCCAUGGAGGCCUUCAUCUACAGGUGCAACCACACACACUCACGUGCGGAUACACACCCAGGUGGAUUGCCCUUCGCGGCUGGUUUGGCUCUUAGGCUGCUGCGGAAGUACUUCUCGUCGAGCCCCAAGUACGUCAAGUAUGUGGAUCUCUUCCUCUCGAUGACCUACAAGACCAUCGUCGGCCAACACCUCGAUACCAACGCGCAGCAAAGGAGAGAGGGAGAGGUACGUAUGGGAUCUACCCGCACACAGAGACGGGAAAACGUGUGUGCAUUGUCCGUGUGCAGCUGUGUUUGGAUCAGUCUCGGUUCACGAUGGACCGCUAUGUGGCGAUUGUGAGGCACAAGACGGCCUACUACAGCUUCUACAUGCCCUGCGCACUCGGUAUGCCUACACGCACGGAUGGGCCCUCUCUCUAAAAACCCGCUUCAUUGCGUGUGUGCGCGGCUGGUAGGGAUGAUCGUGGGCGGCAUUGAGGAUGAUGCGGCCUUCCAAAAGACGGAAGACAUCUGCAUGGAGCUGGGCCAGUACUUCCAGGUGGGUGAACUGUCUACAUCUGUGCAGGCAUGCGUGUGGGUGGUGCAUUGACGCGCAACACACUUGUGGCUGAAGUGCGUACACGCAACACAUUGGUGGUUGAUGCAGAUCCAGGAUGACUUCCUCGACUGCUAUGGCGACCCCGAGGUGAUUGGCAAGGUCGGCACCGACAUCCAGGAGAACAAGUGCUCAUGGCUCGUAUGCCAGGUAACUCUCGCACCGAGAAGAGCUGGUUGGUUUGCCUGCACACUUGCUUCUCGCAUACAGGCUCUGCAGCGUGCCGACGAGUCCCAGCGGCAGAUACUCAUCGAAAACUACGGCAGGUGGGCGACAGGACAUCCACCGAUCUCGAUACACACGUGUCGGGUGCAUGUGUCCCAUCUACCUGUGUUGUGUGUGCAGGGAUGACCUGUCUGCCGUUGCCAAGAUCAAGACCCUCUACAAGACGCUCAAGCUAGAGGUACGCGCGCGACACAUGACACACGCAGCGGAUGACUCGAUGUGUCUGUCGUCCAGGAUGUGUACGCCGCAUACGAGGAAGAGGCCAAGGUGAAAAUCGACAAGUGAGCGGAACGCGGAAGCGGCACAAUGCGCGUCGCAUGUAUGCCUUUGUCUGCGUGCGUGCAGUCUGAUCGCGUCUGUCGAGUCGGCCAGUCUGCAGUCCCUGUUCAAGUUCCUGCUGAGCAAGAUCUACAAGCGCAACAAAUAACCAGCACCUCUCAAUUUUUUGUGUUUGCGUGCGGCCGCGUGCCUGACAGUUUUGCACCUCCUGGCUGGGCUGUACAUGUUGUGCAUGUGUGUGUGUCUGUGUUUGUAUUUAUGUAAGCAACAAGCCAAUGAAGGUCAAUGUGGGCCUUCGGCAGCUGUGACCGUAGGCGGUGACAUGACCGUCGGUCUGAACGUAGGUGGUCACGUGUUCACCAUGCAGUGCUCUGAACGAGACAUGUCUACAGUCCGGACCGCGUAAGUGGGUCACCGUAUAAGCGGGUCAGUUGCGUAUGUGGG